CUGUGGUCAGUCUUCCCCUCACUAACUUGGAAUGGUUUCAAAUCGCGAGCAGCCGCGCUUAACCUCCGCGAGCCAUUCAUCUGCGCACUCACCGGAUCGAUGGUACUAUAAACCCUGACGCUGCUCUGGCACCUACACAGGCUUGAAGACAUGAUCACUAGCACCAGUAUUUAUGGUCUAAAGAUGCAGUGGACCCCAGAGCACACACAAUGGGCAGAACAACACUUUGACAUCUCAUCCACCACCCGCUCGCCGGCACACAAAGUAGAGGCCUACCGGGGGCACUUACAGCGAACAUACCAGUAUGCGUGGGCAAACGAUGACAUCUCUGCACUGACUGCCUCCAAUCUGCUCAAGAAAUAUGCAGAGAAGUACUCUGGGAUCCUAGAGGGCCCAAAUGAGAGAGCCCUGCUGUGUUCCUACUCUGAUAGCACCACUGGACUCAUGAAUGGACGAAAGUCAGAGAAUGAGUCCUGGCAGGAGGGGAUUUACCCAAUGAACUGUGCUCCAGAUGUUAUAUCUGUGAGCAAAGCUGGAAUGACAGCUGCCCUACCCCCUACAGAUGUGUCGGCUAGCAUAGGCAGCUCCCCGGGGGUGGCCAGCAGCUUGUCUGAGCCCAGCUAUUCCAGCAGUAACUGUGGGAGCCACACAGCCACUACUCUCCACUCGGGCCUCCCCUCUCAGGAAUAUACUGCCAGCUACAACGGCUCCUACCUGCAUUCUAGCUACAGUGGCCAGAGUACCCCAGCCCUCCCCUCCCCACACCCCUCUCCUUUGCACAGUGCCGGGCUCUUACAACCACCACCCCCGCCUCCUCCCCCCACCUUAGUGCCGAGCUACAACGCCGGGUCUCCAAACCUUCCCAACUACAAUUAUCCUCCAACAGGGUAUCCUUCUCAGACUGCUGUUGGCCCCGGUUAUAGCCCUGGGGGAGCACCCCCUCCUUCUGCUUAUCUGCCGUCCGGUAUUGCAGCUCCUACACCAAUCCCUCCUUCGACCCUGCCCGGCUACACCUACCAGUCCCAUAAUCAUACACCAAUUGCACCAACACCUUUGAAUGGCAGCACAUCCAACUCAUUAAAACGAAAAGCUUUCUACAUGAGCGGACAUGGAGAUAUGGACUCUAGCUAUGGUAAUUUUAACUACAACCAACAGCGCUCCUCACAGAGCCCUAUGUACAGAAUAACAGACAGCGGCUCAGACUCAAACAGGGGCAAUGGCUUUGACAGAAACGCAGAGUCUCUAGCAUUUAAGCCAACCAAACAGCCAAUGUCUUCUGAUCAGCAGAGAAAAUUUAUUGUGCACUCUGGCAGAGCACUAACUCCUCCAUCCUAUGGAUCAACCAAAAGCUCUGUGGGUGAUCUCAGAACUGGCGAGCCCUACAGCAAGUUUGGAUCCCCCAUCAUGAGUGAGCAAACUGAAGAGCACAGACAGCACCUCUCUCACUCCCUAACAGGGCCUGACAUCGGUACGGCUACCUCGUCCAUCCAUGCUGCAGAGGAACAACUGAAAAACAGUGACUCCAACCUGGUUGAGAUGGUAACCACAGAAAUCCUUCAGCAGGGCCCUCCAGUGGACUGGAGUGACAUCGCAGGUCUGGAUAUGGCCAAAGCAGCCAUCAAAGAGGAGAUACUUUGGCCCAUUUUGAGGCCAGAUAUGUUUAGUGGACUUGCCACAUUACCUCGGAGCCUCCUUUUAUUUGGACCUCAGGGAACUGGUAGAACGCUGCUGGCCCACUGUAUGGCCAGCCAACUGGGGGCUGCCUUCUUGAGACUCAGCAGCUCAGCUCUGGUGACCAAGUGGCUGGGGGAGGGGGACAAGAUCAUCCAGGCUUCUUUUCUGGUGGCACGGUGUCGCCAGCCAGCGGUAGUGUUUAUCAGAGAGGUGGACCUGCUGCUGUCAGCCCAGCUCAGCGAGGAGAGCCCAGUGAAUCGCCUCAAGGCUGAGCUCCUCAUGCAGCUUGACAGCAUUCUGACCUCCGCUGAGGACCACGUCCUCGUGGUCUGCUCCACCAAUAAGCCUGAAGAGAUCCCAGAGUCCCUACGGAGGUACUUUGCCAAGCGACUGCUCAUCCCCUUGCCUGAUGGGACAGCACGACAUCAGAUAAUCAGCCAACUGCUCUCACAGCACAACUACUGUCUCAGUGACAAAGAGAUGUCACUACUGGUUCAGAGGACAGAGGGCUUUUCUGGACAGGACGUGGCUCAGCUGUGUCAAGAGGCUGUGGUAGGUCCUCUCCAUGGCAUUCCUGGUACUGACCUGUCAUCUAUCCAUCCCACUCAGAUGAGACCGGUCUCCUACCAAGACUUUGACAAUGUGUUUUGCAAAUUCCAGCCCAGCAUAUCACAAAAAGAACUUGACAUGUACACUGAGUGGAAUAAAAUGUUUGGUUGUAGUCAAUGAAAGAGACUCAUCAAACACAAUUUCUUUAAGUCCAGUAAUUGAAUACAAAUAAAUGUUUGGCCUUCAGUGAACAGGAAAAAUAACAAACAGUGGUGACAUGAACAUACAGCAAAGGGAUUGUCCUUGAAGGCUUUAGAUAGAAGAUGACAGUCUGGAUGUCACACACUGGUAAAGUUAAUUAAAUGCUUUAUAUGGCUGACUAAAACUCAAACGACUUGGAAGAAGAUGCCCCCCGUUUUUGUAUAUACAUAUAUAUAUAAAUAUAUAUACAUACUAUUCCGCUGAUCUUGAGAUUUAGUUGCUAUCAAGUGCCUGAGGUGGUGCUGUUUAAGUUUUUUUUUUCUUUUUGCCUCACAAUCUUCAUUGGUGACAUGUGCUAAUAUAAAAAAAAAAGCUUUAAAAUGAGACAAAAAACUUGCUUUCUCUUUUCCAUUAGUGUUCUACAGCUGUGUCUGUUUCGUGCUCUCUGUGAACAGUUGUGGUUAAUUUGAGCAAAAUUAAAUUUACUGGCAUCAUUUCAGUUGGGCAUCAUUACCUUACACAGGUUUUAUGUAUGUGUAAAUCCUUUAAUUCCAAUAACACUGACAUACUUUUUCUGUUGUUGUUGUUGUUGGAACGAUGCGUUUUUCUAGCAAACUUACGGUGAAUUUGGUUGCUGUACUAGCCUCUCCACUAUAGAUGAAAUUACAAAAACAGAUAUUAUUUUACAAUGUGACUUCAAUCUAAAGAAUAAAUUACUAUGUAAUUGCUGUUAAAAAUAUCGUUUCAGUAGUAAUUCACAGUGUUUCACGUAAAUGUAAAAUCCUAUCAUUAUUUCUAUUGAUGUUCUCUAUUUGAAAACUCAGGAAAGUGAUGAUGAUAUGUACAGUACCUCAUAAACUUGUGUCGAAGCACUACACACUACAAGAGCAUUUGGCUUGCAUUUAAAAUUCCAUCAUCAAACCAUGUAAGGCUAUAUAAUACCUCAAAAAGCUCAAAAUGAAACUAGAAGGUUCCUACAAUGAAUGUAUGAGAGUAAUUCUGGUUUAUGUACAAGACAAAAAAAAAGUAAUUUGUUUGGGGUUCUUUGUUUUAGCUGGUGGUGAUGCAGAGCUGAGAAAAAUUUGAAAGGUGCAGACAAACAUCUCGGGGUUGAGGAAGACAGCUGCCCCGAGCUAUUUCAUUCCAUCCUGCUGCUGUUUUAUCAUUAAUGAAACCUAAGGAUUAUGUAUAGCCUAAGUUCCUUUCUACCUCAGUUUGUUAGUUAUCUCUGAAAGACAAAUACAUGAAGACAGCAAAAUGUCAGCACCUAUUCUGCUUGUUUGAUGAGGAAGCCUUUGAGAGAACACCAAACAGUGUUUUGUUGUGUGCAAAAUCUAUUAGCUUUACAUUUUUUAUAACUCCCAAGAACCCUGUUUCUCACCACAUAAUGCACUUAAAGGGGAAUCCCACUGAAUAUCAGGCUUGGGAUAUACUAUGCCUUUGCCUUAGGACGAUUCGGCCUCACUCCCAACUCAACAAAUGCCAACAUUUUGUCAGUGGCCCUCAGCUUUUGAUACUGAUGGACUGAGGCACUCAUCAGCGGCUGUACGAGACACAUCAGGUGGUGGCAACUACUGUAAUAUAAAGAACAACAAAGUAAAACGGGUGGAUCAGAGAUGAGGUGGAUGGGUCAAUCAAACUCUGGACUUUCACCCAGGAGACAGCUGU